AUGCCUCCCAAGCCUUCGUCCAAAGAUGUGGACAAUCCAUUCAAAGACAUCCUUGAUCUGCACAUUGCCAUGCAAAAUCAUAUGGAAGGUCAAGAUAAACGUCAUCAGCUUCUUCAACAAACCAUGGAAACUCGACAAGAUGUUGUUCCAAAAACCAUGGACUCCUUCAAAACUCAGUCCCCAUCAUCUUAUUCACCUAUUGCAAAAAUGUCAUUACUUUACAAGGUGAUUCUUUCCAAAUACCUCAACCAACAUCACCAAUUAUUUCACUUGCUUCAUCAAGAUGUUGUUGCCUCGCUCCACCUCCUCACAUUAACACCACUCAACCUUACCCCUCCCAAUUUUGAAACCAUUGACCUAAUUACCAAUUCCAUGUUGCAAGACUGA